AUGAUGUCGGUUACGGGGUGGUUUCCUGCUUAUGUUAAAUUUGCCCCUGAACUUGAUAGGUUGGCGGCGAAACCCUUUUACAACCAAAGAAACACAAAUUGUUCACCACAACUGUCCUUCCAACGCAACAGUUUGAAGAGAUGCUAUUGCAAAAAGAAAGAGCAAGACACACAGUUUUUAUCAGAUAGUCCAUGGGAUAGUGGGGAUGUAUGGGCCAAUCUUGCUCUCUAUCUUUUCACUCUUCAUAUUCCUCUCAGUUUUGGAGGCUUAUCCGUUGUUUCAUUGCUCACAGGACAACAACCUCUUCUUCACCCACAAACUCAGGCCAUAUCACUUGUUACCAUCCAAGUUCUUGAGUUUAAUGCAGCUCUGGUUUUAUUCAAGUACACAGCUAAGCCACAAUAUAAAUUUUCAAAUUUCUUCAAAAAUAACGCCAUGAACUGGUUUUUUUCAUCAGCUCUUGGAUUUGGGUUUCUUGUUCUUCUCAUUUGUUUAACAUCUCUACUUGGUGACAGAUUAUUUGACUUUAAGGUUCGUCAUUAUACAUAUAUAUCUUUUCUGCAAUUCCAUUUCAUCUUUAUCAAAAAAGAAGCAAAGAUGAUAUAUGUUGUAAUUCUCCUCCAAUUAUCACUUAUUGAGGUGGUGCUGCCAGGUGUUUUAGAAGUGGGAUAUUGUACACCAAGGAUUUGUAAAUAUGGUGAAGAUCUAGCUGUUAGCACACAGUAG